AUGUCUGAAGCAAUCCAAGCACAGAAGCAAGAUGCCGAGCAUACAGAGAAACGGCAGACUCUACUGCCAGAAGAGUUGCCUCUGCCUCAGGAGCUAGAGCACAUGGGAGCCGGUGAGCUAAGGCUCCUUGAAAGAGGUCUAACACGGCGUCUUGAUCUCACCUUGAUGCCAUCGGUGUUUAUUCUGUUCCUCCUGAACAUUCUCGAUAGGAACAACAUAGCAAGUGCGAAGAUCACAGGUCUCACAGAGACACUUAACAUAACAAAUGCCGAAUACAACACUUGCCUUCUGAUGUUCUAUGUCGGUUACUGCAUCACACAGGUUCCUUCAAAUCUCAUCAUCGGAAAAGUGAGGCCUUCUUACUACAUCUGCCUCAUCACCUCUUUAUGGGGAAUUAUAUCCAUGUGCCAGGGCUUCACAACCAACUUCGCUCAGCUGGCAGCAGUUCGUUUCAUCCUUGGCCUAGUGGAGGCCCCCUUCCUACCCGCCGUCUUUGUUUUGAUGUCAUGCUGGUACAAUAGAAAGGAGUUGCCUCCGAGAAUCGCGAUUCUAUAUGGAGGAAAUAUGCUCGCCACGGCAUUCUCAGGACUGAUCGCCGCGGGAAUUACCUCUGGGAUGGAAGGCAAGGCAGGCAGACCCUCAUGGGAAUGGCUCUUUAUCAUUGAAGGCGCCAUGACUGUAGUCAUUGCCCUUCUCCUCCUGCCGUUGCUCACAGAUUAUCCACUACAAAACAAGCAUCUCUUCAUAUCACGAGAGCAUCAGCUCUACGCUGAGUGGAGAAUCCGCAAGGAGAAUGCAGGAAUUGUUGACGAAGACCCAGAGUCGAUCUUCUGGGGGCUCAAACAAGCCUUGAUCGAUCCCAAACUCUACCUUUUCAUUGUGCAGCAAAUGGCGUUGAUCACGGCGCAAAGUUUCAAUAACUUCUUCCCCUCAAUUGUGGGAACUCUUGGCUACGGCCAAACAACAACGCUUCUCUUGACCUCGCCGCCAUACUUCUUCGCAUUCAUCGUUUCACUGUGUGUAUCUUUCCACGCGUCACAUAAGGACGAACGUGGCUAUCACAUCGCUGUCCCAAUGGUCUUUGCUCUGCUUGGAAACCUCUUGGCCAUGUUUGUGCCAUCUCUCGGUGGAAGAUACUUCUCCAUGUUUCUCAUGACCUCCGGCUCCUACGCGCCCUACAACCUAUGCGUUAGCUGGCUCAGCUCUUCUCUUCCACGGCCUAGAGCUAAACGUGCUGCUGCUUUAGCCAUUGUCAACUUUAUGGCUGCUGGGGUGGCGCACUUUUACACAAGUUACAUGUUCCCUGACAGCCAGAAGCCGCGGUACUACGCCGGUGGGGCGGUCAUGUCUGGAGCGUGUUUGGUGUGUGCAGGUGUAGCGUUGUCGAUCAAGUAUUACCUCAAGAAACAGAAUGAGAAUUUUGAGGAAGAGGAGCGCUUGGGUGUCACAAGCCAUACCCAUAUCAAAGGGUCAAAAGCUGGGCAUGGUGGUGAAGGGGUUGUCUCGUUCAGAUACGUGCAUUAG